ACAUCUACUCCCAGCUUCAGGGUGAGUCUGAUGACUUGUUGGAGGCCGAGUUGACGGGGCCAUUCUGCGGGUCAUCCAAGGAUGACCUCCCAAAGCUUGUGGUGUCCACCAAAAAUGUUCUCAUCAUGUGGUUCUACUCCAACCAUGAAAAAACCAACAACGGCUUUGAGGGGACCUGGGAAUUCAUUGAUGCAAUGUCUUCUCUUUCAGUUCCCUAUGACAUGGGUACUACAGUAUCAAACAUGUGCGGCUACACCGUGCACAGCAAAAGCAAGUCCAGGGGGUUCGUUAUGUCUUCCACAUACCCAGGGGUUUACCCCGACAACACAUUCUGUUUCUACCGGUUAGAGGGAGAACCUGGACAAAGGAUUAAAUUAGUCUUCGAAGACUUUUCACUCUUUCAUGGGGGUGAAUACUGUCCCUUCGACUACCUGCGGAUAUACGACGGCAACUCAACAUCCUCCGAGGUGAUUGGCACCUUCUGUGGCAGCUAUAACCAAUCAACAGUCAUUUUUUCUUCAGGAAGGUCUUUGAGGCUAGAUUUUAUCACAGGUGGGGGAGGGAGGCUGACGUUCAAUGAGCGGGUGCUUGAUACUAUGGAGGACUACAAGGUGGAGAGGCGAGGCUUUAACAUCUCCUAUGUGUUCAGCAAUGAUUUUGUGGCGCUAGAUCAUCACUUCAUCAAAGACGGCGCCAAACAUGUGGUGGGGACAGAGUGUGAUCAAAGAAUCCUGAGUGGCAAAGAGACAAAUGGAACAUUUGUCUCCCCUGGCUACCCAGGAUCCUUCCCACAAGGCAUUGUGUGCAGAUACUACCUGGAUGGGCUCAUGGAUGAUCAAUGUUUGGAGAAAGUCAAAGUCAUGUUUUAUGACUUUAACAUUACAGGAAAUAUCCCUUAUUGUUUACUGGGUUACCUUGGUGAAACAGACAGCGAUGGAACUGUGAAGAACAAGUUCUGUGGUGCCUUAAAUCCCCCAAACUUUGUCAGCUUAGGUCCUCGCAUGGUCAUCACACUGAACACCACAGGUGGGGCCAGAGGUGGGAAGUUUGUUGCGCGCUACCAGUUUAUAACAGACUAUGGUAUCCAUGGGGAACAAAUUGAAGAAGGCAAGUGCAAGUUCCACUACAACAGUAUGAGGGUGAAGCAAGGGGAGAUCAACUCACCCCGCCACCCCGGCAACUACCCCAACAAUCAGGACUGUGAGUACAUCUUCCGCCCCCAGCCCGGUGAAGUACUGCUGCUCACUUUCCACAUCUUCCUGCUGUCCACCAAGUCGGACCCUCCUUCCUCACCACCGCUGUGCAGUACAGUUGACAAUGUUGCAUUUUAUGAAGAUGUGGGGACACCAAACAGAGAAAACUUUACUCUGACAGCCAGGUACUGUGGCAACGUUUACCCCGGCCCAUAUGCAACACACAAGCUGCUCAAGGUUAUUUUCCAUUCCAAUGAUGACAGUGAAUCCUAUGUGGGGUUCAGGGCUAAAUUCCAGUUUUACAAAUCCCGAGCAAACUUUUCCUGCUCCACAUAUAACAGUGUUAUCAAGGGUGGAGGCUUAGGGGGAACCAUAAUCAGCCCCAAUUUCCCCGCCAAGUACACAUCCCUUGUUUGGUGUGAGUGGAUCAUACAGGCAAGCAGGAGAGAAAACAAGAUUUUAGUCGAGAUUUCUGACCUCAAUUUGGAAGGAAAUUAUAUGAAAGAUGCUGAUAAAUCAAGCUGUCAAGAUUCCGUCUUGCGACUCUAUGAUGACAGUUUAAGCUUAAAGCCUGUAUCUUCUAUAUGUGGCAUUAAGAAAGCUACAGAAGAAAACCCAUCAUAUUUAUCAUUACAAACUUCUUUUAAAAUAUCAUUUAUAACAGCGCCAGGAGCUUUAGGAGCUAAAGGAUUUAAAAUUUCUUGGACAGAAGUUCAAACAGGAUCUUCCUUAACAUCCGAUUGUUCGGGAUUCCAGUGUGUGGUAAACAAGUAUUGCAUAGCCACAGCAUUAAAGUGCAACAAAGAACCAAAUUGUGGGAGCAAAGAUAACUCAGAUGAAACUGCAGAAUGCCCACAGUUUAAAGAUGGCCCACGAUCAUCUGGUAUAAAAAUUCUCCACAUUGCCAUCGGAACAUCCAUCUCCUCGUUCUUCUGCAUUAUUUUACUCAUCUGUGGGUUCUAUCAUAGAAGGAAGUUCCGCUCUGACCGAGCCCCGCCUGACCAUGACCACGUGGAAGUACGCUAUGUGUCUGCCCCCACGGGUUGUAACACCACCGACAGACUUCUCAUGGAUGACCGGAACGAUGUUGGUAAUGACCAUCACAAUAACAGCACAACACAGAGCCCUCGCUGUCAAAAAGUGUCGAUGGUAUGACACAUGCUGAGUGUUAACUUUAGAUACAAUUUAUCCACUUUUUGUUAGUAAAAAGAUAUUACAAAUUUUAUUACAUUUAAUCUACAAUUGAGCAUAAUUUUGCAGUUUAAAUUUAAUGUAUUUUUUGCGAUAAAUAAAUUUUUCAUUUAUUCCAUUGGUCAUUUUUUUUUUCAAUGAUGCAUUUAAUAUUUUUUAAUAAACAUAAUUUUGUGCGCAUACUCAAUUUCUUGUAGAAUAUACGCUAAGUUUUUAUUUAAAUACUCAAAUAAUUUGAGUACUGUAUUUUACUUAACAUACUUUUUAGCAACCAAGAAAAUACUGAUCUCUCAAAUUUAAAUCUAAAUAGAACAUUUUAUGGUCACAUUCCUCCAGUUCAUGACAAGUAAUUAACAACACUUGUUUUUAUUUAAUUAAUCUUUUAAUAAAUUAAAUAUAGGAAAACGUAUCAGUUGUACAAAGUGGCAUAUUUUUGU